UCUCUUCGUCUCACACUCAGCAAUACACUGUGAAGCUUCUUCUUCUUCUUCUUCUUAUACCUUGUGAAGCUUCUUCAAUGGCUCGCCUAAGCUCUGUUUCUUUGAUGCUAGUGCUGGUUCUUCUUGUGGGUUCCACCGUGGCCCUGUCUCCGGCAAAAUCUCCUUUAUUGAGUCCCAAGUCUCCGGCGCAUUUGCAUUCGCCAUCGCCAUCGCCGUCGCCGGUUCCUUCUGAGGCUCCGGCGAGCUCUCCCACGUCGAUUGCUGCUCCUCCGUCAGAAGCUCCUGGGCCGGCCCAGAACAGCGCCGUUUUGAACCGGGUCGGGUUCGCUGGAUCCGUUGCCGUUGGGGUAUUCGCUGCUGCUUUGGUCUUCUAGAAUGUUCUAAGAGAGUUACCGUUGAGGGUUUUGUGGUUUGUUGGAGGGGGAAUGAGUGGGUCUUAUGACUCUUAUUGUAUUUAUUUAUUUAUUUAUUGGGUUUAUUAGUUUGAUUUUCCCUCUUCCGAGCUUUACAUUUGCGUGAUGUUUUUAUGGUGGUGGUCUUAAUUCUUAAUAACAUCAAGACAUGUAUUUGAAAUACAUUAAUUUGAUGAAAAUGUUUGCCAUUUACUCCGAAA